CUCGCACAGCUCCUCAUUAUCUCUAAGCUAGCUACUUGAAGAAAAACUCUGAGCUCAAGACUCAAUGUCUCGAUCUAUCGUCUAAAAGCUUUAAGGUCGUUUGUGGCAUCUUUGAAGAAAAGAAUCAAUCAAUCGUAUUUCUCAAUUCAAGGGUGUUUUUGGUUUUUUCAAAAGGACAGAACUGUUGUUGGCAAGUGGACUAAGCAAUUUCCAGACUUCAUUCUUUGGCUGCAAUAAACACUUUUGGUAGAUCUAUUUGGUGAUAUGGCUGAGACUGUGAAUACUGGAAAAAAGAGAGGCAGAAAUGGCUGGAAAGAAUCACAAAGGAAAGGGGGACAUUCUGACCAAUGUUCAGAGUCCACUCCUCAAGAAGAGAAUCCUAGUCUUACUGACAAUGAAAAGAAAAAGAGAGGUAGAACAUGUUUGCAAGUAAUGGCAACGGGAGAAAAUCAACGAAAAUUAGUUGAAUGGAAUGAAAGAGGGCAACCUGUUGGGGAAGUCUCCAAAAGAUUCUCAUCAACUAUUGGCGUGAUAGUACGAGAACAAGUGCCAAUUAACAUUGAAACUUGGCAUAAAGUGACGGAUGGGGCUAAGAACAAUCUUUGGAAACUCUUGAUGCAAAAGUACAUAGUAGAUAUCUGUUACAAGCCCUUCAUCUUGCAACAAAUGGGAAAAUUAUGGAGAUCUUGGAAAUCUGACCUCUCAGUUGACAUAAGGAAAAUUCUGGAAUCGAAGUCAACUAAGAUAGAGAGAACACAUCUAUUUGCCAAACUUAAGCCCAAUGAUGUGAACUUAGAAGAGUGGGAUCAAUUCGUGCGAGAACGCAUGUCAGAUAAAUGGCAAGAAAAAAGUGAGAAAAUGAGAACAAUAAGGUCAAAGCAGACUCUAACCCACACAAUGAGUCGAAAAGGGUAUGCGCGGUUGGAAAAUGAAUAUAACAAGCAAAAUCCUGAUAAGCCUUUGACGAGGCCAGAACUAUGGAUUAAAGGACAUGAGCAGAAGAAAAGCAAAAAUGAUAUUGUUGCUGCUAAAAUUGCUGAGAUACAAGCUAAGAUUGAUGAGAAUCCACCUAGUGAAGAACCAGUUCCUGUAAAAGAUGAUAUAUUGACUCAAGUGCUUGGUAAGGAGCGCCCUGGUCGUGUUAGGGGUCUUGGAGCAGGGGUUACACCUUCAAAGGUAGAUGUUCAACCACAAAGUGAUACAAAAUAUCAAAAACUAGAGGCUGCACUGAAGGCUGUGAAUGAGCGUACAAAAAUGUUGGAGGAU